AAAGGGGAAACUAAAUUUUCCUAAGAGAAAAGCACCAAUAUAAACCCAUAAAUCUCCGGAAGUUGAACCCUUUUAAGCACAAAACGAUUUCUUGUUCUCUCUGGAUGAAUCGUGCAAUUCAAAGAUUAAUGAUGCCUGGUUCAAGUUCUGCUUCUUGGAAAUCCGCCGCUGCCUCUGCCGUCGGUGUACCAGACCAAUUUCCGGCAGGUCUCCGGGUGCUUGUUGUUGAUGAUGACCCAACUUGUCUCAUGAUCUUAGAGAAGAUGCUAAAAAAUUGCAACUACGAAGCAACUAUAUGCAAUAGAGCUGAGAUUGGUUUAUCAUUCUUGAGGGAAAACACAAAUGGGUACGAUAUAGUUCUGAGUGAUGUUCAUAUGCCAGAUAUGGAUGGAUUCAAACUUCUUGAACAUAUUGGCCUCGAGAUGGACCUCCCUGUUAUCAUGAUGUCAGCAGAUGAUAGCAAGAGUGUAGUUAUGAAGGGGGUUACGCAUGGUGCUUGUGAUUAUUUGAUAAAACCCGUUCGGAUUGAGGCAUUGCGUAACAUCUGGCAACAUGUGGUUCGAAGACGGAAACACGAGUGGAAAGACUUCGAGCCGUUAACAAGUGCAGAUGAUGCUGACCAAGUGCCGAAACCCCGUGAAGAUCUCGACGUUUCGUCUUCUGCAAACGAAGGGAAUAAUUGGAAAAAUGCAAAGCGGAGGAAAGACGAUGAGGAUGAAGCCGAGGAACCAGACAGCUCUUCUUCUUCAAAGAAGCCUCGUGUCGUUUGGUCCGUCGAGCUACAUCAACAGUUUGUAGCAGCCGUUAAUCAGCUUGGAAUCGACAAAGCUGUUCCGAAGAAAAUCUUGGAGCUGAUGAACGUUCCCGGGCUAACAAGAGAAAACGUCGCUAGCCAUCUUCAGAAAUACCGUCUAUAUCUUAGACGGCUCAGUGGGUCGCAGCAUUUGGGAUCAAUUGAUGGCUCGUUUAUGGGUAGUCCCGAUAUGGGAUAUGGGUCAAUGUCAUCACUCAACGGGAUAGAUCUUCAAGCUUUAGCCGUUGGUGGUCAAAGCCUUGCAACACUCCAAGCUGCGGUUCUUGGUCAUCCAAAUAACUCGAAAUCUCCGGUUUCCGUGCCGAUCCUGGAUCAAAGAAACAUAUUUAGUUUCGAGAAUCCAAAAUUGAAAUACCAAGAAGUCAACACUCAACAAUUACUUCAUGGCAUCCCAACGAAUAUAGAACCAAUGCAGUUUGCAGGCUUGCAUCAAUCUCGGCAGCAUUCAUUCAACAACGUCAACGGUCGAGUACUGAUUACAACAGCUGGUCAAAGCCAAUGUCAAAAUCAAUCGAACAGCAAUCAUCUGCCUGUUUUACCCAAUGGAAUAUUGGCACAUGGCUCGGGGUCAAAGGUCCCGAGAGGUGGGAUGAUUCCAAGUUACAAUGUUCCGAACGAUUUGAAUCAGAUGAGAACACACGAUUCGGGAUUUGAAUCAGAUCUGAUGAAGGCCAAGGCAGAAAGCAUUUUGCUGUAUCCUGAGCAAUACAAUCAAGAAGAUCUUCUAACUGCAGUUCUUAAGCAGCAGCAGCAGCAGCAGCAACAAGGCUUUGGAGAGGCGGAAAACGAGUUUGGGUUAAACGGGUACGCGGUGUUGGAUGAUCUUCCGGUUUAACGGGGCGGUGUUUUUAGAUUUUGGUAACUAUUUGUUUAUGUUUGGUGUCUUCAACUAACAUAAACGUUUGUUUUUGUGAAAGGACUGGUAGAAUUUUUGAAUGUUUUUUUGAGCAACAGGUUGAUUGUUGGUAAAAACAUGCAAAAAUUCCAUCAUUUUGGGUCUAACCAACACUUUUUCU